GCAUCUGUAGGGGUGUCGUCGGAAACAGACGCAACAUACUGGAUCUUAUACCAGUGGACUACGUGUCAAACCUCACUUUGAUAUCAGCUGCUAAGUGUAAUAGCAAAGGUCAGCUCACUGUGCUAAAUAGCUGCUCAAGCCAUGUCAACCCGAUUACAUGUGGAGAACUUGUGAAGCUUUACACACAACAGAGCGUAAAGGAAAGAUUUUACAGUCUGCCGUUUCCUGGAGUAAUUCUGAUGACGAAAUACAAAUGGAUAUUAAGAGUAAUAUCUUUUAAUAUGAAGACAGUAGCUUUCGUUGUGGACCUCGUUCUACGUAUUAUCGGAAGGAAACCUAAAUACGUAAAGUUAAUAAAAAUGUCAGACUACGCUCGCGAUUUAGUUGAGUAUUUCACGUCUCACUCCUGGGUCUUCAAGUGCGACGAAGUCCGCGCCCUCUACGCCUCCCUGAGCCUUCAAGAUCAAAAGACUUUCCCCUGUGAUCCAUCACACAUCGUCUGGAACCAAUACAUACCGUUAUAUUUUAAUAGUGUUAAAAAACACUUACUUGAUACGCAGAAAAGGUUUUAAUUCUCAAAAUCCGAAUGUAAUAUUUUAGUUGGUUAGAUUGGUUAAUCAGUUUUAUGGCUUAUGAUAAAAAUAUGGUGCUACAACGUGGUAAAAGAAUGCCGUCCCCGGCUCCGCAUUCUCGCGGAUGCGCCUAAUUACAUAAAUAACCAACAAAGGCUGCAAGCGUUACCUACACAUACUGGAUUUGCUCGUUCUGAAGCCGCUUGUCUUCCGUUUCGUGCCCUUCAACUCCGAAGAAAAUUUACCCAGAACUUGCGGGAAGGCGAGGCGAAGUUACAUGGUUAUAGGCGAGGGCUUUAACUACAUCCACGCCCUCGUGUCCCCUCAUUAGCUCCUAGAGAAUGUGGAUCGGGCAUUAUGGUCAACACACGUGAAUGCAGUACAGUCGCUUCGAUGAAAAUUCGCGUUGUUAUCGCGCAACCGUCUUCUGACUCCUCCGUUGUAAUUUAACAACAAUGAAAUAUAUUGUGAUGAUUCUGAAUAUCGUAUGUAAUAAUUUUGGGAUAUGAAUGUUUUAGUUUAUUAGUCACAACAAAACGGCAUAAUAUGCCAUUAAUCAUAGUGGACCGAGAUAUAAAAUAAGUAUUAUAGUUAUAAAUUAGUUUUAAGUGGUGAAUAUGUAAAAAUAUGUUUAGUUAGGUACUCGUUUUACCCAUGGCGACGAAGCGAUGUGCCGCGCGAAUCGUAUCGAGAUAUCACCGCGUGAACUCUGGCAACAAGUCUGCGCGUGGUCUUAAAUAUUGCCAUUACUGGGAAUAAACUAAUGUCCAAGGAUAAAUAAAAAAAAUAUUAUCGAAAUGAUUCCCAAAUAAAGCAACAACAGACGUAAUUGUCAAAAAAAGUGUUAUUUUUCUACUCGAC